UUUUUUUUUUUUUGGAUUUCUGUUUAGACUGCUCUCCUGCACAAACCAUGCUUCGCUCACGACUAUUCUCUUCAACGCAGCCAUUCGCUCGUGCAUAUUCGUCGUUCCCUCUGAGCAGACCGAGCUGGAGCGUCGGCACGCUCCUGGAAAAACCCACCAACGCUGCUGGGCACGAAGGCGCCAGUGACGAUCCAUUGGACGCCAAGGGCAUCCAGCACCUGUACAACCUCGCUGGUCUACGCAUGCCUGACCCGACACAGAAAGCGGCAGAGUUUGGCCGCCUGUCAAAGGAUGCACACCAGCUGAGGGACUUUUUGAGCCAUAUCCAGGCUGCGGCCAGGACAGAGGACCUGUCCGGUGUCGAGCCUCUGGUGCGCAUUGCCGAGCCGAUAGAGUUUUCUGUCGAUUCGCCAGACGCUGGUCUGGAUCAUUCGUCUAAACCGUCAGACAGGCUUGGGCGCAAGGUGCUGCAGACUGCGUCGAGAUCAAGUGGCGACUACCUGAUUGUUGAAGAAUAGCCGGAGUGAACUUAUUUAACACG